AUGAAUGAAAAGGUGGGUGGUUCUCAUGACACCUCUCAAGCUAUGAGAAAUUUCAAUAAGUUUAUAGAUGACUAUGAAGUUUUUUCGUUGGCUGCUACUGGUGUUCCUUUUACUUGGUGCAAUGGGCCUCAUGACAACACCAUUAUUUACGAAAGACUAGACCGUGCUCUCACCAACCCGGAUUGGAUGAGGCUUGUACCUCAUUCUGAACUCCAAAACUUGCCUAUUGUGAGAUCGGACCAUGGUCCCAUUUUCCUUAAGUGCAACCAAAACUCUAGAAAAAUCUCUGAAGCUUUUAAGUUUGAAGCCAUGUGGCUUGCCCAUAAGGAAUUUGACCAAGUUGUUUCACAGGUUUGGAAUUGCUCUUAUGUUGGAAAUGCUGCCCAGCAUAUCCAAACUUGUUGUAAUACUUUCAAAUACCAACUUAAAAAUUGGAAUAGAAGUGUGUUUGGAGACCUUUUUCAGAAACUCAGAAUCACCCAAGAAAACUUAGUCUUAAUUCAAGAGCAAUUGGCUCAAAAUCCCUAUGACCCUUUUCUGUUAGACCAAGACUUCAAGUUAAACACUGAGUUGAAACUUUUGCUUCAACAGGAAGAGGUUUUCUACGCCCAAAAAGCUAGAGCUAACUAG